GAGAGAAAAACGCGUGCAUACAAUUAAGAGGACUCAGUCCCAUGGAGAUCACUGUACUCCAUUGCCACACCAUUCUCUUGUCUCUUGCCUUCCUUGGCAUUACGAUAGGCUGCUCCGGGACCAACAGGCAAUUACACGACUUUGGGGUGUCGGCACACAAUCCGGAGCUCAAGCAGUCUCGAUCCUUCUAUCCGAAUGAGGAUAACACUCUAAGCCAACAGUCACUGCCAGAAAACUAUGCAAGGAGAGUGAAGAAAUUCUCAUACAAGGAGGUACAAUCUAUCGCCUUGGGCUGGGCUGAUCGAUUCUUCGGGUUCAAAUUCUCUUCCAUUGUCAAUUGCUACAAAUCCCUUCUUCCAACGACCGGAAGCUCUUCUGAAGAGCAAGUGGAAGCAGAAGGACUAAAAUUGGAUCAUCACAAGAUGUUCUUCAUUUUUGGGGAUUCCUUGUUCGAUGCAGGCAACAAUAUCUACCUUGACGGAAAAUAUUCUCCAGCUGCCUACUAUCCAUUCGGGUUCACCUACUUCACCAACGCCACCGGAAGACUAUGCGACGGGCGCAUCGUCCCCGACUUUAUUGCUCAGUUCGCGAAUCUGCCUCCUAUUCCACCAUCACUGCAACCCGGGGCAACUAUCUCUUACGGAGUCAACUUUGCAUCAGCUGGAGCGACUGUUCUAGACUCGUACCCUGGACAAAGUUUGAAAUAUCUCAAUCUUAGAAAGCAGUUGAGCCAAUUUAAAGAAGUGACAAGGAAAUUGAAUGCAACAUUAGGCUCCUCUCGAACAAGAGAAGUCUUGAGCAAAGCUGUCUACCUGUUUAGUAUCGGGGGAGACGACUACGGUGACUAUUACUCGAACCUCGCUGAGGAAGGUCGUAGCCCGACCUGGUCGGAGCAACAGCAACAAGUGAAUGCUGUAAUAAGCAACUUAACGAGAGCACUUACCGAAAUUUAUGAACAGGGAGCGAGGAAAAUUGCAUUCCAGAACGUGGGGCCGAUGGGUUGCGUUCCCCAGUUCCAAAUUAACUAUCCUAAUUUAAGUUGGAGCUGUGCUCCGGAGCUGCUGUCCAUGCCAAUAUUACACAACAAGGAACUCUAUGGAGCCCUCACCGAUUUUGCAGAACGUUUAGAGGGGUUCAAGUUCUCCGUUUUCGACUACUUCUCCUCCCUUCUUGACAGAAUUGAUCAUCCUUCCGAUUAUGGUUUUGAAUCCGGGAGCACACCAUGCUACGUUAGCAAUGACAAUGGGUACAAAGGAUUGGGGUCAGAUAAAUCAGGAAACACUAAGCUUUGCGAGUACCCGGCCGCAUACUUGUUCUUUGAUGUAUAUGGCCACACGACUCAACAUGCCAAUCAACAGUUAGCCAAGCUCAUCUGGGACGGGGACCCUUCAAUCACAAGACCAUAUAACAUGAAGGAAUUAUUCGAAGAGAACAAUCCCUAUGUCAAGCUACCAAAAAAUAAAUAAUAAUAAUAAUAAUCCCAAUAUUAAAUUAUUGUCAGUCAUUAGGGUUGUUAGUAGCAUUGAGAUUCAUAACUGAUGGUUUAGGGUCUUUAAGUACUGAUAUAUUCUCAAUAUGUCUUGGUCGCACCAAUCUUAUAGUUUCAUUCAAACUAUUUAUGUCGUGCUUCUAAUAAGUGGUAUGAAAGCCAUUUAUGGCUAUUGCCAGGGAUCGAUCAAGACAA